AUGGAAGACGAGCAGGUGGAUGACUCCGAAAGCGAAGAGGAGGAGGAAGAGCCCGAAGCUGUGGAUGUGGAGACCACCCCAGCGGUAGUACCAACCACAGUCGGGCAGCCGCUGGUACUGAACCGCAAGUACGUGGACCCGCCCCCGUUCCUGGACGUCUUGUCAUUCCACUCCAGUCGCCUGCUGCCAGUCGCUCGCAAGGAGAUCGAGGCACAUGAGCGUCAACUGAAGAAGAAACACGGACUAGAGUCAAACUCUAGCUCCACCAAGACAUUCCUAAGCGCAGAAGAGGACGCCUCUCGACUCGAUGCGUUGCUGUCUUCCGUCCACUUACUGCUGGAGCCAAUCCAGUUGCCAGAUUUGAGUCACACCGGCGUGUUCGACCCUGCCUCGUCGCUGCUUCGACCGGUGACACCUGCAGUAGCAAUAGCAACGUCCAAGCCCGAGGGAGAGCCCCCUACCAAGAUGAAGCUCAGUAAAGUGGACAAGAGCGACGAGGUGAAACUCUUCUACCCCACGGGCGCCAAGAACUCCAACAUGCGCGACUACAUCAAGGAGACGAUCCAGAAACAUUUCUCCACUGCAGAUCUGGAGCCUCCACGCAGUGACCAGACACUCAACGCCGCCAUCAAGUCACCGGUGAAAGCUGCUCUCACAACGGGCGCGUUACUGGACCCGCAACUCACAAGACAAGCCAAAGAAAUCGUCGCUGCAGUCCGCGCGAAUUCCUCUAAGAUCAACGAGCUUAUUGCCAAGUAA